CCGGAAGGGCCCGGACCGGCCGCCGCCGCCAGCAUGAGCGAGCGGGUGCUGUGCAGCGCCCGGGCCUCGGUGCUGCUCUACGACGACGCCCAGAAGCUGUGGGUGCCCGCGGGGGGGCCCCCGCAGAGCCCCAGCUGUGUCCAGCUGUUCCACCAGCCCGGCACCCACAGCUUCCGCCUGGUGGGGCGCCGGCUGCACCCCGAGCAGCAGGUGGUGCUGAACUGUCCUUUGGGGAGGGGGCUUCGCUACAGCCAGGCCACCUCCCAGUUCCACCAGUGGCGCGAGGGCCGGCGGGUCUGGGGUCUCAGCUUCACCGCGCCCCCCGAGGCCGCCCAGUUCGCCGCCUCCGUGCUGCGGGCGCUGCAGGCGCUGGAGCAGGGAACGCCCCUGCCGUGGCCGGAGCCCGAUGGUUCCGCGGCGGAACCGCCCGAGCCGCAGGACAGGCCGGUGAUGGACGAGCCCGAGCGCCGUGGGACGGCUGCAGGACCCCCGGCUGCGCCGCCCGGAGCCCCCCCCCCACCCCCCGGCCCUCCCCCACCUCCGGGGCCCCCCCCGCCCCCCGGCCCUCCCCCAGCCCCGGGGGUGCCCCCGGCCCCCCCAUUACCGGGGGGUCCCGCCGGGGGGGGCUCGGAGGGGGGUCCCGGGGGGGUCCCCGGGGGGGUCUCCGGCUUCGCUGCUGCCAUCGCGGGGGCCAAACUCAGGAAAGUCGGGAAGGAUGAGACCCCGAGUGGGGGGCCCCCCGCCGCCCCCGCCCCCAAAUCCGACGGGGCCCCCCGGGCCGGCGGGGGGCUGAUGGAGGAGAUGAGCGCCAUGCUGGCCCGCAGGAGAAAAGCCACGGAGGCGCCAAAGAAGGACGAUGACGUCACCAGCGACGAGGCGGAGCCGGGCGCCAGGACGGCGGGGCCGCCGGCGGGUGAGCGCGCGGACCACAACCCCCAGCAUGCACCGCGGUGGGGGCGCGCGGCCGGGCACGAGCCUGUACGGAGGCCGUGGGAAAAAUCCAGCUCCACCUUGCCCAGGAUGAAAUCGGCUGUUCCAGCUGCCCCCUCCGAGUCCCACAGUGAGCUGGACCUGGAGCGGGUCAAACUGCGUUUGUGA